AUGCCCUUGCUCCAGGGGCACAAUGCUCCCGGGCCUAAUUUCGUCCUGGUCGAUCUGCGACGUAACGAUUCACGAGGUAAAGGAAGCCCAACGGUCUCGCGACGGCGUGGCGCUGACGUGGACCAGGGCGGCACGAUCCGGACCUCGCUCAACCUGCCAGCGCAGAGCCUCUACCCAUCCAUCCCCACCCUCUACGACGUGUUCAGAGCUGCGCAAGUGAAGACUGUCAUCUGGUACUGCGGAUCCUCUCGUGGCCGAGGCAGCCGCGCUGCGGGCUGGCUCGGCGACCAGAUCGCUGAGAAGGGUGACACGCAGAUGAGAAGCGUCAUCUUGGGCGGCGGCAUCAAGGGCUGGGUUGCUGGCGGGGAGAGCUUCACGGCAUACAUGUCCGGGUAUGAAGCGGAUAAGUGGGUAAAUGCCGCAGAGUAA